UCCAUCGGCGGUUUAGAAAACGCGGAGCAACGGAUUUCCGCGCAGCAGGAGCUGAGCGGCGCGCGCCCGCGCUGCGCAUGCUCAGUGCCGCCGCUCCGUCAGGCUCGCGGCUCAGCAGCGGCGAGUUCCUCGCCGCCCCUCAUGGCGGCCCCCGAAACCCUCGGGGGCCCCGUCCUGAAAGAUGUUGUGGCGUAUGUAGAAGUGUGGUCAGCCAGUGGAACAGAAAAUUAUUCAAAGACAUUUACAAAUCAACUUGCGGACAUGGGGGCAAAGGUUUCAAAAACUUUCAACAAACAAGUAACUCACGUUGUGUUCAAAGACGGGUACCAGAGCACCUGGGCCAAAGCGCAGAAGAGAGGGGUGAAGCUCGUCUCAGUGCUCUGGGUUGAAAAAUGCAGGACAGCUGGAGUGCACAUCGAUGAAGCGCUGUUCCCUGCAGCUAAUCCCGAUGAGCACCUACCAAGCCUAAUGAAAAAAAAACGCAAGUGUAUGCAGCCCAAAGAUUUUAUGCCUAAAACACCAGAAAAUGAUAAAAGACUGCAAAAGAAGUUUGAGAAAAUGGCUAAAGAGCUGCAGCAGCAGAAAACCACUGUGGAUAAUGAUGUUCCUGUUCUCUUGUUUGAAUCUAAUGGCUCCUUGGGGUACAGUCCCACAGUUAAAAUCUGCAGGGGCCACCACAGUGCAGUGGAGAAGAGGCUGCAGGAGAUGAAGGAGAAGCGGGAGAAUCUUUCCCCCACCUCUUCCCAGAUCGUUGAAAAGUCUGACGAUAACACCGUUAACGCUCUGUGUGAAGCAUCUUUGAACCUUUCGCAUGAUACUUUGUGUUCAGAGGACUCCUUUGCUGGUGUUCUGCACUUGUCUUUUGACGAUCUUUGUGGGAGCUCUGGAUGUGGGACUCAGCAGAGGAGACUGGGAGGAUUCCUUGACGAAAGUAAAAGCGCUGCGUGUGCUUCCUCAGCUGUGUUGAAAACGAGAAGUGUCCGUCCGCCAGCAUCUCCCGGGCCCCUUGGUCAGUUAACCCUUCACCAGCCCCCCGGCAGCCUUUCCAAGGGAGACACCCACCGGCAAAGGGUUGCUGCGGGCCAAGUCAUCACCCCCGACGUGAAGCCAGCACGGGAGCCGGCUGAGGGGGUGUUUGAUGAGAAGAGGGGCCUGUCUCCUACGCCAUCUGUAACAAAUGAGCCCGCCGGGGGCCCUUCAUGUCCCCAGAGCCCCUCAGCCACGAGAAGAAGGGUGUCGGCGAACUCCAGUCCACCCCCGGAGGAGAGACUGAGCAAGAGGCGGUGCCUCGGGUGGCCCCCCACGCCCCGGCUACAGCUGGAGAACAGCCUGAAGUGUGCGAGCAGCUCUGCUGUGGAGACUCUGGGCCGCGGGGAGUCCUCGUACGAUGAUUACUUUUCUCCCGAUAACCUCAAGGAGAGGGACUCGGGGAGCCUCCUUCCCGGGGUGCAGCCGCCCGCCGGCCCUGCCCUGCUCCACUGCAUGAGGAGCCUUUCCAGGAGAGAGAGGACCAGCCUCCUGGAAAGGGCUGACUUCUCCUGCAUCGGCAGAAGCCCCAGGUCAGCCGGUGGUACCGACUCAACAGUGAAGGCUGGCUUCCGUCUCCAGAAGCCUGCAAACUACGGAGCUGAUCCGGGCUUGAGCAGCGUGACUUCUAAGGAAACGCCUGCUGCUGAAGGAACCCCAGGGGACUGUCCCCGGGCCGAGGCUCGGGGAGGGGGAGACGCCCGCCCGGGCGGGAGUGACUCUCCCCAUACCCUCAACGGACUCACUCCUCAGAAGGGACUUCGAGGUGAUUUUACUUCUUUAAAAGGAAGCAAUAAAGAAGUGAAAGGAUGGAUUGACAUAAAAAGCACACAGAAAGAAGAUACUCCUUCUAAAAUGGUGAAUUCCCCUGAAAGUGAAGCACAAAGUGAUGAUAAGCUAAACUUUGUAGGCGACUGGGAUGUGGAAAAGUCUGCAGAGGCAAUGGAAGAGUUACCCCGAGGAUGUAGUGAAAGUGUUAAAAGAGGACCAGCAAGGCAUGAUGUUUUGGAUGGCUCAUGGGAAGGCUUCAAGGAUCUCGUCAGACCUCAUGAGGAAUCAAGGAAGAGAGAGAAAGGCCAGAGCCAACAAGAACAUUAGUCAUGACAAGCAUGCCAUCUGAAAAGCAGAACGUGGUCAACCAGGUUGUGGAUAAACUGAAGGGCUUCUCCUUGGCCGGGGAGGCGUGUGGCUGCCCCACACACGUGCUUGCCAGGAAGCCCCGCCGCACCCAGAAUGUGCUGCGGGGCAUCGCAAGCGGCUGCUGAAUUCUCUCCUUCGAACGGGAAAAGUGGAGCUCGUGUUAUUUAUGAAGAUGUUUGGACUUCACAUUUAGCUACACUGGUGGAAUGCUGGGUCACCCUGCUCUCUACUUAGCAGGAUGUAAAAAGUAGCUAACCAUGAGCAGUGAAGCUCUGAAAUCCAAGAAUCAUCCGUUUUCAUUUCUGCAGCCUGAAAAGAUGGAGUAAAGCAUAAGCGGAACAAGUCUAACUUGAAUGCCUGCGUGUGAUAUAGCCAGACUUGUUUGUAAGAAGGUACUGUGGUCUUUGGAAAUGGGUCAUUGGAUUUCCGAGGAACCGUUUGAAGAGUCAGACUACUUCCCUGCAGCUCCUAUUCAGUCACUCAGCACAAGGUCUUUGCCUCAGAGCACCGCCCGCUGCUGCCGUGAAGGGGACACCGCUCGACCCAUGGCUGCUGCUAACAGCCCGCCCCGGCGUCCUCGGACGCUCAAGCGAGGGGAGGGCUGGACGCAGGAAGGAUGCCUUUCUCCACCGUCACGUCUGCCGCCCGUGUGUGUUGUGGUUUUCACGUGAAGAAAGCUCCUCUGUGUGGCUUUCUGA